AUGAGAGUAGCGACUUCGACGCUACUGCUCGGCGCAGCCUCUGUUGCUGUUGCCCAACAUGAGCAGAUUGUCCUGGGCGGCUACCAGGAUGCCGUCAAGCCUAUUGUUGACUCGACUUCCAAGUCGGCUGGCUCCAUCCUCGAGAAGAUCGAGGAGACCCUCGGCAAGAUGCCCACCGAGGCUCAGGGCCUCUGGGACGAGAUGCAGCUUCUGGUUCCUGGCUUUAUGGAGAAGGCACAAAACCUCAUCUCCCGCCCCAAGGCACACAAGCGCAGACCUGACAGCGAGUGGGACCACGUCGUCAAGGGUGCUGACAUCCAAUCCAUGUGGACAAAAACCGCAGGCGAGGAGCACCGCGUCAUCGACGGCCAGCUUGAGGCAUACAACCUGCGAGCCAAGAAGGUUGACCCUUCGGUGCUCGGCGUCGACAAGGUCAAGCAGUACAGUGGUUACCUCGAUGAUGAGGCCAACGACAAGCACUUGUUCUACUGGUUCUUCGAGUCCCGAAAUGACCCCAAGAACGACCCCGUUGUUCUCUGGUUGAACGGUGGCCCUGGAUGCUCCUCCAUGAUGGGUCUCUUCAUGGAACUGGGACCCUCCAGCGUCAAUUCGAAGCUUACCCUCAAGUACAACGACUUUUCCUGGAACGCCAACGCCUCCGUGAUCUUCAUUGAUCAGCCCGUCAACACUGGAUACUCCUACAGCGGAAGAUCUGUCUCCGACACUGUUGCUGCCAGCAAGGACAUCUACGCUCUUCUGACCCUCUUUUUCCACAACUUCCCCGAGUAUGCCCAGCAGGACUUCCACAUUUCCGGCGAGUCGUACGCCGGCCACUACAUCCCCGUUUUUGCCAAUGAGAUUCUGUCCCACGAGAACCGCAACAUCAACCUCAAGAGCAUCGCCAUCGGUAACGGCCUCACUGACCCCAAGACUCAGUAUGCCGAGUACCGCCCCAUGGCUUGUGGCGAUGAUGGCAGCCACUACGGCCCCAUCCUCGACGAGAGCGAAUGCCAGUCCAUGGACAAUGCUCUGCCCAGGUGCCAGUCUUUGAUCCAGAACUGCUACGACUCUGGAAGUGCCUGGUCUUGCGUUCCCAGUGCUAUUUACUGCAACAACGCUCUGAUUGGCCCAUUCCAGCGCUCUGGUUACAACGUUUACGAUAUCCGUGAGAAGUGCAAGGACCAGGCCAACCUUUGCUACACCGAGACCUCCUGGAUCUCUCAGUACCUUAACAAGCCCGAGGUCAUCAAGGCUGUUGGUGCCGAGGUCACUGACUACGAGAGCUGCAACACCGACGUUAACCGUGCUUUCCUCUUUAACGGAGACUGGUCGAAGCCCUUCCAUCUGCUUGUUCCUGACAUUCUCAAGAAGAUUCCUGUUCUCAUCUACGCUGGUGAUGCCGACUACAUUUGCAACUGGCUCGGCAACAAGGCCUGGACCGAGGAACUUGUCUGGUCUGGCAAGCAGAAGUACAAUGAAGCCAAGAUGGGUCCUCUGGAGGUCAGCGAUAAGCAGUACGGCGAGUUCAAGACCAGUGGUAACCUGACCUUUAUUCGUGUCUACGAGGCUGGCCACAUGGUUCCCUUCAACCAGCCCGAGGGUUCUCUGGACUUCUUCAACCGAUGGAUCGCUGGUGAGUGGUACGCAUAA